UUGUGGGAUUAUACUGGGUCGUUGUUGUUGUUGUUGUUGUUGUUGUUGUUUAAUAUGAUUGGAUGUUUGUUGAAUCACUCAAGUUGUAAUGCUAUCAUUUAUAGGGGCAAAUGAUCCUUCAUAUCUGCUUGAGAAACUCGAGGUCCUGAUUUCCAAGGUUAAAGAGGAAGCUUUUAGUAGGAGAGAUAUUCUUGAAAAGGUUGAGAAGUGGUUGGCUGCAUGCGACGAGGAGUGCUGGCUGGAGGAAUAUAACAGGGAUGAAAAUCGUUACCAUGGCGGAAGAGGCACACAUCGUAAUCUGAAGCGAGCUGAGAAAGCUCGAGUUCUUGUCAACAAAAUCCCUGCUAUGGUAGAGACAUUGAGAUCGAGAGCUAGUGCUUGGCAGAAAGAAAGGGGACAUGAGUUCUUGUAUGAUGGUGUAGCGCUUCUUUCUAUGGUUGAGCAGUAUUGUGCUCUACAGCGGGAGAAGGAGCUUGAGCGUCAGAGGCAGAGGGACCAGAAGAAGCUUCAGGGACAGUUGAUGGUGGAGCAAGAAGCACUUUUUGGAUCAAUACCUAGUCCUUUAAAGAGUGCAAAGAAGAAUUUUAGACCAUCAAUGGGAGGUUUGACCAAUAAAAGGCUUUCGCUCGGAGGAGCAAUGCUUCAAACCCCAUAUGCUGGUAAAGCUGCACCAUCCUCUUAUUCCGGAAGACUGUCUAGCUCGUUGAAACAGCAAACUCCCCAAAAUUCUCACCAAACUGGAAGGAGAGAUAGUUUCAUGGCACCAAAAAAGCAGCAAUCAUGCAAGGUAUUAAAUUCACUUGGAACUGAAUCAAAACAGACGAUGAAGCCCCUACCGGAUCCACGUAGAACUGAAUCAACACAGACAAGGAAGCCUCUAUCUCCCUUAUCGUCUAUGUUAUCGUCAAAUGCAAGCACCAUUAAUAUUCAGAAUCAGACCCUAAAGAGUGGGGGAGAUAAGGAAACACUGUCUUUGAACAAAACUCCGCUUAUGACUCCAACCAAGAUUGCCUCUGCUGUUGAAGAUAGACUCAACGAAACAAUGUCAUUGAACAGAACUCCAGUUAUGGCUCCAACCAAGAUUGCCUCAGCUGUUGAAGGAUGUAUUACCCCAAAAACAAUGACUAUUCCAAUGCCAGCAACUCCUUCCACAGUUUCCAUUGCAAUGCAGACUGCGAUGACACCUGCUGCCCUCCAUGUUUCUGGUUGUACUGAUGAUAUUGAGUACUCAUUUGAGGAGAGAAGAGCCGGUUACAAUCCAUUAUCACAUACCAAGGUCAUUAACAAAUGCUUGAUUUAGCAGUACUAGUAACAGUAUAUUUUCUUGGGAUGAAUUCUUUUCUUUGCAUUGUUGCCCGCCAUAAAUGCAUUCUACUCAUCUGGUUUCAGGCAA